AUGGUGGAUGGAACUAUGAGUUUGAAUACUUACCAAUUUGAUCAAGUUAGAGUGAGGAAUAAGCUUGCUCGUAUGGUCAUCCUACAUGAAUAUCCCCUUUCAAUGGUUGACCAUAUUGGGUUUAAAGAAUUUGUGGCUGAUCUUCAACCUAUGUUUAAACUUGUCACAAGAAAUACUUUGAAGAGUGACAUUCUUAAAAUCUAUGAUAAUAAGAGGCAGAAAGCUUUGAAGAUGACGGACAAGAAUGGAAGUAGGAUGAUAAUUACAACUAAUAUGUGGACUUCAAGUAACAAAAAGAGAGGGUUUAUGGUCAUUACCGCUCAUUUUAUUGAUCAUACUUGGACGUUGCAAAGCCGGGUUUUAAGGUUUGGUUAUGUUCCUUCUCCACACACGAAAGAUGUCAUUGCUGAAGUCCUUGUUGAUUGUUUUUUAGAGUGGAACAUUGAUAGGAAGUUGUUCACAAUAACUGUUGAUAAUUGUAGUACUAAUGAUGCCAUGAUAAAACUUCUCUUGAAUAAGCUUGAUACUAGUUCUCUUAUGUUGGGUGGGUCAAUGUUGCAUAUGAGGUGUGCUGCACAUAUUUUGAAUUUGAUUGUUCAAGAUGGGUUGUCUCUUAUUGGUGAUGGUAUUGAAAGGAUUAGUGAUAGUGUGAUUUAUUGGACUGGACCACCAAAAAGGAGGCAGAAAUUUGAAGAAAAUGCACUUCAAUUGCGUGUUCAAUGCACCAAAGAGUUAGUCUUAGAUUGUAAAACUCGUUGGAAUUCAACUUACUUAAUGCUUUCUACUACAUUGAUUUAUAAAGAUGUUUUCUCACGUUUGGCUAAACGUGAAAUAUCUUAUACUUGUUUACCAUAUGAUUAUAAUUGGGAGUUAGCCAAAGAUAUUUGUGGGAGGUUGGAGUUGUUUCAUAAUGUGACUGAGUUUUUCUCUGGUCGUAAGUACCCCACAACUAUAUAUCCAAGAUAUAAGAUGAAGUUAUUAGAAUUUUAUUAUCCUAACAUUUAUGGUGAUAAUUCUGAUUUGGAGAUUGAAAAAAUUAAGAAUCUUUGUUAUGAUUUUCUUGAUGAGUAUGGAGAUAUAAAUGAGUCCUCUGUAGAUAAUGAAGAAAGUUCUCAUAUUCCUGCAAGUACUUCAAGCCCUGUGGCACAAAUGAAGUUUAGGUUGAGUAGGGCAAUGUCAUCUUUUGAUUUAUUUGUGAACAAUAGUUCAAGUAGUUCAAAGAAACAUGGGAGUGCUAGAAUGGAAUUUGAUCAUUUCAUUGAUGAGGGAGUGUUGAAGAGGAGUGAAAAUUUUGAUAUUUUGAGAUGGUGGAAAAGUAAUGGUCUCAAGUAUCCUACUUUACAAAGGAUUGCAAGAGAUAUUUUAGCCAUUCCUGUCACAACUAUUGCUUCAGAAUCUGCCUUUAGCACUAGUGGGAGACUUUUAAGUACACACCGUAGUAGGCUACAUCCCAAGAGUAUAGAGGCAAUGAUGUGUGCUCAGAAUUGGUUAUGGAGUGAAAUCAACGGUUCUUUAACUAUGUCUAGAGAUUGUACACUUCAAUCAAUUCUUAAUGAUGGGGAGCCUAAUGAAGAGGAUGGGAGUUUUGUCACAAUUGUGGAUGAUUAG